GAGCCUCCCGCGACACCGCCACCGCCUCCUCCUCCUCCUCCUCCUCCUCCUCCUCGGCGGCGCAUCGGCAUCGCGGACGCCCAGCAGGAUGAGGGGAGAAUCCUACUUCGUCGGAAUGAGGAGCCUGGGGCAGCAGGUGUCCAUCCCUGAGGACAGAGGACUUCUCUUACUAUACUGCGUAGACAGAGACCGGGCUAUCACCCGGGGUUUUGCGGAAGAAGCCAUUCAAGCCAUCACUGACUUCAACGAUCUCCCCAACGCGUUAUUUGCCUGUAAUGUUCACCAGUCUGUGUUUGAAGCAGAAGAGAGCAAGGAAAAAUUUGAGGGACUGUUCCGGACUUACGAUGAGUGUGUGACGUUCCAGUUAUUUAAAAGUUUCCGACGUGUCCGAAUAAACUUCAGCAAUCCUAAAUCUGCAGCCCGAGCCAGGAUAGAGCUGCAUGAGACCCAGUUCAGAGGGAAAAAAUUAAAACUCUACUUUGCACAGGUUCAAACUCCAGGGACAGAUGGGGAUAAACUGCACCUGGCUCCCCCACAGCCUGCCAAGCAGUUUCUCAUCUCGCCUCCGUCAUCGCCUCCUGUCGGCUGGAAGCCCAUCAGUGAUGCCACCCCGGUUCUCAACUACGACCUCCUCUAUGCCGUGGCCAAGCUAGGACCAGGAGAGAAGUACGAGGUCCACGCGGGGACCGAGUCCACCCCGAGCGUCGUUGUGCACGUGUGCGACAGCGACAUAGAAGAGGAGGAUCCAAAGUCUUCCCCAAAGCCAAAAAUCAUCCAGACCCGGCGCCCCGGCCUGCCGCCCUCCAUGUCCAACUGAGCUUUCCUGUCUCAUCUCCGUGAUCAUCUCCGUCUCCUCUUUAUCACACUUUCCCCUCCCCCAGCCCCUGUUGUUUGUCAAAAAAAAAAAAUUAAUUAAUUAAUUAAUUGCCUUUAAAUCCCUGGGUGUUUGGUUGUUUGAGAUUCCUUCCUUGUAAUCAAGCCUCUCAGACAAAAGGGCUAGGAAAAGGUGAUCUGUCUCCUGAUCAUAUCAUACCCAUCAACGAACGAUCCAUUAUUUAGAAGGUUCUAGAAAAAAAAAAUAGUAGUAUUUUCUUAUGAAGCAAUCGUUGAUCCAAGCCGAGGCAUCAGUAACAAAUAGCACUUGUGUUCUUCGUGAGCUGUCUCAGUCCUGAUGGAUACGUGUUUGUUUGUUUGUUUGCUUUUUGUUUAGUUUGCUUUGACCUGGCCACCUCAACAGGACCAUAAGUCAACCUGACUGUGACUGCAUGAGAUAUCCCUAUCCGGUCUCACUCAGUCCUCCGCAUCCCGACAUUCCCAGGACAUGCAUGAUCACCAGCAUUUCUUUUCAUGAUUUGAGGGUAUGGUUUCACCUCAUGGCAUCCAGCCAGGUCCUCUGCACCAGAGCCAUGAUGAGGUUCACUGUUCUUGGCGUUACCACCAUUUUGAGACAAUACUUCACAGCUCUGUUAAAAUUCCUGGAGGCAAAAACUGAGCUUGCUGCCCCCCCCCCCGCCCCAGAAAUAUUCCUCAAUAGAUUUUUGAACACCACUACGUGUAGAACUUUCCAGUGUCUCUGGAGAGGCUUGUCCAGGCUGAUGGAGACCGAUUUCAGACAAACCUAUUUAUUAUAAAAGUCUUGUGGAUCUGAAUGAUUUCUUUUUCCUCUUUGUAUAUUUGUACAAAUGUUUCAGCUGUGCUUUUAAAAUCUGGAUUUUUUUUUUUUUUUUUUUUUUUUUAGUGAUUGUUCAACCGUUAGCUGCUUUAACAGGAUAACAUAUGCACUGCUUAGGAAUGAAUUCAUAUACUGAUAUAAUCUGAUCAUAUUACAUGCUUCCGUGGGUGAUACUGUAUUAUGACAGGGUGCAGAAAUGUAUCAUGCCAAUGUAUAAGCGAUGAGCCAACAUCUUUGCUAUCAAGACCACCUGUUCUUAAAGAUACAUCAGCUCUAGACAAUUUGAAGGAAGCUAAAAAACUCCAGAGAGCAGGCGCGGCUGAGCACCCUGAAAUGCAAAAGGAUGCACGUGAGGCGGCCCUACUCACCCAGCGCCCCCGUGCUCACAAAAGGUUAUCUGUUUUCGUUCCGUGUGUGACUUUUGUAUUUCUCUAGCCCGAAGUGCAUUACAGAAAGUACACCUGUAUAGAACCGUUUCCUUCUGCUGUUUGCGCCAGGCCCCAUCUGACUCCUGUAGGUUCACGAAUCACCUUAGAAGCAACUACAAUUUACCAUGGAGUGGGGAAGUACUUUCGUUACCACACACACAGACAGUAACACAGCCAACUCGCUGAAGGAUACUGUGGGAUUUUUUUUUUUUUUUUUUUGACGAAGGUGUAUGUUGGUUUCAUCAGAAACUUCAAACAUAGACUGAUCACUCAGAAAUUAAAGUCCGUUCUACUGUGAAUAUAGCAAUAUAGUACUGGACACGGUCCAGUUGAAACUGAGGAGAGCAUUGCUUUGUAAAGUCUUGAGUUUCCAUAGAGGGGAAAAAAAAUAACCAUGAAGACUCCUUUCAAAAAUAAGUUCUGGGGAGUGUAUGAUAAGCAAAUGCAUUGACUUUCCUUUGCUGUGGAGAUUUUGGGGUUUGCAUUGACCAAUGAAAGGUUACAGACUUAGCAGUGGAGAGAUGCUGCCCUCUAGUGGACGAAUCGCGUUCGGUUCCGCUUGCAGAUGGGCACCGCAGCGGCACCGGGCUAAAUUUUUUGUUUUUAAUCCACACUGAAUUUUCUGAAUACAGGUUCUGGAAAAUAAUAAUAAUAAUAAUGAUAAAAUAUAGAUGAGAGGAAACAUUGGAAAAAUGAUUUGGAGUGUUUCCAAGCAGUCGUUGCAGACAUUUUCAAUAAUGUAGUAAAAGCUGAGAUGAAUACGCUGUAGUUGUUAAAACCUGAGUGGUGCGGAUGGUCCAGUCUUAGUGAACUGCAUCGUGAUGUGUCAGGAUUGCCCUGUUUAACAUCAGAUCUCUCUCUCUCUCUCUCUCUCUCUCUCUCUCUCUCGGUUGAGAGUGUGGGGGAGGGGUGCAACGA